AUGGGGCUGAUGACAAGACUGCAAACCGCUUUCAUGUCGGCAGCCCAUCGGCGCAGCUUUGGCGCUCGUCGCUCCAACCUUGACCUUGUCACCUUCACAUUGGCUCUCUUGCGCAUUCUUGCUGGCGGAUUAGCCUCGCCUCGUCUUGAUGAAUCACCGCUCCGCCGUGCUGUUGCGGUUCGUAGCUUGAUCGUCCUCAACUUUUCGGAAGCCUCCCGCACAUAUCUUUUUUUUCUUCCGGCUACAGUAGAGCUGCGCACCGUUUCCACCGAGCUCACUUCUGCAAUGAGCGCAUCCGAUAGGCAUUGCUGGUGCUCGGACAAGCCGCACAAUGAUCCAAUCGCUCUUGCUCGCCGUAACGAAGCCGUGUGUGCUCCUUGCGCUGUCGCCAAGCCUAUCUGCACCACAUUCGGUCUCUUUCACAUCCCCGGCGACACGGCUCUGGUGACUGCUGCCGCUGGUUGCUGUGCGUUUGCCAAGAAGCUGCCCAUAGCUUCGCCCUCACCGCCCAAGCUCUCCAUCGUCGCAAGCUUAAUAGCACUCGCACCAGGUCCAGACACAUGCUCUGCGCCUAGUUUCACGAAGGCAGACUGUCCGAAGCUUCGUGCGCACCGAAACGUGGCGCCGUUUCAGUCGCCUCAUCUCGCUAAAGUCGCUUCGGUGGUCGUCUGGUGUCAGGCUCAUAGCCGCAAGCGGAAAGCCUUGCAGUCUUCCAGUGUCUCGCACCUCACCGGCUGUCGCUCCUCGGGCAGAAUUCGCAAGCUCGUCCUCGUAACCAGCCGCCCUCUAGGUCAAGUCACGCCUCUUUACGAUCCUAACGAUAUCCGGGCACCCUCGUUCUUGCAAGUUGCGGCUCACUCUGCUGCCUCCAGUCCCCCUCUGUCGAUCUCUCCAAAGCUCUCUUUCAGCCUUGGCAUCCUUUCGCACCUACAUGUCAAGCCGCUAGUUCUCCUGAAACGCCGUGCCAGAGACUAUCGGCCUUGCGACCCGGAGACGGGAUUGCAUGGCUGGUCGGUCUGCUACCAGAAGUGCCAAGCGAAACGAUCGGCGCAAUCAGCUCACUCGCGUCGUACUUCAUCGGCCCAGUUCCAGCCGAACAUCGACCUCGAACUCAAGAUGGACGCACCCACCCACUUCCACGAUGUCACAAACUUAGCCGCCUCUGCACGCAAUAGCGCCGCUCACCACCAAGAAGCCAUCAUGUCGAGUCGUUCUGCUCAAAGCGAAGCUGCGCAGCAGAGUCACACGACCAUCACGCCGGACGCAAGCUACGACGACGGCUCGCAGCACAUGCUCAUGAAGCAAAAUCAAGCAGACCUCGCAACUUUCGGGACUCCGAUUCCUGGUGGCACCCCCGGGCCCAAAGAAGCGGAUGGCUGUAAUGCGGCCGCAUCCAACGACGGUAGUCGUAUCCACAACGUCGAUGCAUCGGGUCACUCCCGGCAGCUCGAUAUGAGCGCGCCGCUCCGACAGGCCAACGCUCAAUUCCACGACCCUCACGAUCCUUCCCUGGAGCAAGAGAUCGGCGCAGCCCUUCAUACGCAGGUGGGCAACGUGCAGCAGUCUCCUGCCACGCACGGGCACUUCUUCUCCCCUACAGACGGCCAACGAGAUGCACAGAUGGCUCAGGACCAAUCUCAUCCAGACCCGAUGCAGUUUAAGACCGAGCCUGCCAGCUUUGCGGAUCAGCAUCACCAAGUCAAGUCGUAUCCGCCAUCGCCACCAAGACGGAACCAGAUGAUCCCACAACCGGACUUGCGAUCCUUCCAAGCUGGUGCGCGAUCCACCGAAGGUCGCCACAUGAUCUCGCAUCGUCCAAGCCACAGUCUUGGCCAGGCGGGUGCAUUCAUGUCUGGCAUACCGGACCGAGAUAUGUUUGGGCACAGUCACGUCAGCGCGCCCGUCUCUCCCUCUGACGGCAUGAACUCAGGCCCCUUCGCAGCUUUGUUUCAGUAUCCGGGCGCUCGCCAAGAAGUGGGUCCCGGUAUGACCGAGCAUGGCCACGUGUUCGAUCAGAGCGUGGGCCCUGGCAUCUCGCGUCCCAUCGGUCAUUUGCCAAAGUCCUGCGCUCCCUCGGCCCGCUCCGCUUCGCCCUCCACCAGCAUGGCAUCAACAUCGAUGGCGUCCAUCUCUCCUUUGGGAAGCGCUCGCAUCAACGCCGACGGCUCCUUCACUUCGCAGGAGACCUCCUUCGAUAGCAUCUCCAACGCCGCCUCCGGCUCAUUCAGCCGUGCCUCCUCCACGUCAGAAGAAGCCUUCUUUCAAGAUCUGGGCUCGCUCGGCCUCGCCUCCUCGUUGCGCAUGAACAAGCAGAAAAAGAAGCUGCGCAACAUUGAUCGCAAGGAGAUUUGCGAUUACUCGAUUGCGAAUCCGCUGGUCAAGCAGGAUGCCAUCGCCAACCGAUUUGGCAUCGAACGCAGCACCGUCAGCAAGAUCCUCAAGCACAAGGAAAAGUGGUUGGCGAUCGACCCGCAAAGCGACGCAGCGCGCAUCGCCAAGCACAGAGCCGUCAAGUUUCCUGCUGUCGAAGACCGCCUCACCAGCUGGGUCGCUGCGCUCAAAGCCAGCGGCAAGCCUGUGCGCGACUCGAUCAUCCGACAGGAAGCUCUGCGCAUCGCGCGCGAGCUUGGUCUCGGCGAGGACAAGUUCAAAGCUUCGGGCGGCUGGAUCGAGAAGUUCAGAGAGCGCAACAUGAUCCCGAAACCCCAGCUUAGCGAUGCUGCGAGCGCAACGUCGGCCACAGGGGCAGAUGCCACGGAGCUCGAUGCGUCUUCUUGCGACGGCGCAUCAUCACAUCCGACAGCUAGCGCCGAGACGUCGACAGAGGCCUCGAUCAUGCCAACGGGCGGUCCAGCGGAAGCGGAGAGCAGCACCGGUGGUCAGUCGCGAAGCGUCCGACGCCAGCCUGCGCGGGCAAGCAAGGCAAAAGGUACUCCUCAGAAGCGCACCCGAGACGAUGCAGAGAGGACGCAGGCCAUCUUGAGCAUGUCGCCUCUCAGCCACGACCUGGCUCGCAUGCACUUCCCCAAUGGCGCACCCAUUCCGCUCAUGCCGGAGCCCGCCCUCUUUCGACCCAACUUCUACGAGACGCAUGCAGCUGCCUCUCAGUUCAUGACGAACAACAAUAUCAUGUACGGCGGCCAUUACGUCUCGCCCACCAUGCAGCCCAUGGAGGAUCAGGACGAAUCCGAGCGCAAGCGCAGGCGCUCCGGGCAGCACUUUGAUGCCGGGCAAGCGUCCAUGGUGCUGGAUGCCCCAAUCGAGUUUCAGUUCCCUUCGGCUGGCGCUAGCGCGCUUUCUCCUUUGGACGGCAUGCCCGGUGCUGCUCCUGGCGGUCAGGGCCAGUCCGACGUGGGCCUACAGACCGCAAGUCCUCGGAGUCGUCGCACUGUCGCCAAAUCCGCCACUGCCAGUGGCGGACGUGGCCGCGCACGCCGUGGCAAGGGUCGUCUUUCGGGCGCGAACCAUACACCUCAGACCCCUUCGCCUCUAUCGAUGUCGCCCACCGACGCUCGAGGCGAGGCCGUUCUGCCGAGGUUCAAUCUAGCCGACGCCGAGCAGAUCACGGCAGCCACCCUGGAGCGCAUUCGCGCGCUGCAGAGCUCUGGCGACAAGUCGUCGAUCGUAACAGCGGAGCAGGCGCAACAGUCGUUGGAGCUGGUGCUGCGCUUCCUGAGCGAACAGCCGAGCGACUUUUUGCCCGCCAACCAUUUUGUGGUCUUCGGCCACUUGCAGGCCAACAUCGAACAAAAGAUCCGAGAUCAGGCCAAGCAGAGCCCUGCUGCCGCCGACGGUCCUAGCUCGCAACCUCCUGUACCCGGUGCCUCCCCCAAUGCGGAGGCGACCUCUGCCACGCUUGGCGACGACGUGAACAAUUUGCCAGCAAGCUGCGCCUAG